AUGUCGUCAUAUCUCUCGGAGACGGAGUAUCUAAACGAUGGCUGGACACCGAAUCAGGUGGGUCUUCUCCGGCUAGACACCGAAUCAGGUUACAUAGGGGGCAUGUGGGUUGAGUGUAUACUCCCACGUUACAUGGAGGGCAUGUGGGUUGAGUGUAUAAUCCCAAUUUGUGAGGCCAGUGUAUACUCCCAAUCAGUGAAGGUGUUUUGCCAGGGAAUCGUGUCCGGUACGUAG